AAGAGUGAAGAUGAAGGGCUAUAUUUUGCUGGGUUUAAUAUUUCUGCUCCCUGUCACAGUUAUUGGACAAUAUACGACACCAGAUUUGACAUUGUGUGUAGGAAUAAAGGACUUUGAAGUGUGCAGGACACAUUUACCACCUAAAUGCAGUGACAAGAGCAAAUGCUACUGUAAGGACAAUAAAGCAUUUUGUAGGUGUAACAACUACAUAAACACGUGGUACAUAGGGGAGAAUUGCGACUUUGAGUGGACCAUCUUGACUUUCGCCCUGGUAGCAACUCUACCAGGAUUGGCCCUGGCUGCUAUUGUUGGUGUGACGGUCCAGUGUGUCCAUUACUCAAGGAAACCAGCUGAGAAACAAAAGGAUCGGACAGAGGGUUACACAAAUAAUGCAAUGUCACCAACAACAUAUGAUAGAAAUAACCAAGAUGACAUGUUCACCAACACUGUGUUUGCCUCAGACAUGGCGAAUCGGCCAAAGCCCUCCAGUAUUCAGCCCACCCAGGAGAGGUUUCCCAUGGCCAACUUACCCAACAGCCCUUACAGCCCCCAACCAAACGGCAUGCAGCCCACUUUAGAUAGAUCGUCUUUGACAAACCUUACAAGCCAGCCGUACAGCCCUUCACCAAACAGUAUUCGACCCUCUUUAGAUAGAUCGUCUUUGGCCUAUCCUCCAAGCCAGCCAUACAACUAUGCUACAGGUAUGACACAGCCCCUGGGUAACCCCUAUCCCAAGUCUCCAUCGCCAAGGAACCCUUAUGAAGACAGAGCGCCACCUCCAGACCGUUAUGACGACCAGCAUAUGAGACCAACACAGCCCCCACCUGGAUACAACGGCAUGAUGAGAGAAGGCAUGUCUGGGUAUCCUGUACCCAGUUCACCUGCUCCCCUCUACUCAGCUCCGGAGUACAACCCCAGGUCCCAGUUUCCCAGAGCCCAGAUGGGGAGACUCUACUGAGGACAAACAGAGGGACCCUGGACUGAACUAGGAAGGAAGUGGAGCUCCACCAAUUUCACUAUUACAAUGACCAAAAUAGAAUUCAUAUCUAAUUUGAAACUUUCAUUUAGCAUAGUAAACAUUUUAAAUUUAAAGGCAAUGUUCCCACAUUCACAGAAAAAUUACCUUUAAAUGUUAAUCGCGCAAUAAGAUGGAUCUUCUGUGCUACGGAUUUAAUCUAGGCCUUAGUAAGAGGUUUGGGGUCAAUUCCAAUUUAAUUUGAAAUUCCAAUUAAAUUCUUGAAUUCACUCAUGAAGUGGAGAAUUUACAUUGAAUUCAAUUCCAAUUUCAACAAUCUUUCAAGUUAUGGAAUUUGACUGUUUGAGUUGGAAUUGUAAAAUAAAAACAAAUCUUUGGAAUUCAAUGUGUACAUUUCCCAGUUAAUUUAAUUAAUGCACAAGUAUCAAAAAUUGACUGCAGGAUUUGUUUUAAAUUAUUCCAGCUUGUAUUUCUAUAUUUCCAGUAUAGCUAGGCUGUCUGAAUGGUGACAUUAUCAGCCUGAAAGCCUGAUGGAAUUGAAUUCAAAUGAGAAUUUGUGGCAUUGUGGAUAAUAUGAAAUUGGUAAUUGAAUUCUUGGAAUAUACCUAACACUGGAUUGAGAGGAAUUGAAUUCUCUAAACUGACAUGGAAUUUGAAUUUGAUUACAUGGAAUUUACAGGGAGGGAAUUUAAUUUUAAUUUUGUGGAACUAACCCAAACCCUGCUAAGUAAUACCCUUUUUAGACUAGUCUGAUUUGUAACAAAUUAAUUAUAUAUAUUUCCACACAGUACCAGUCAAAAGUUUGGACACCUACUCAUUCAAGGGUUUUUCUUUAUUUUUUAAAAACUAUUUUCUACACAUAUGCUGAGCACUUGUUGGCUGCUUUUCCUUCACUCCAACUCAUCCCAAACCAUCUCAAUUGGGUUGAGGUCGGGUGAUUGUGGAGGUCAGGUCAGCUGACGCAGCACUCCAUCCCUCUCCUUCUUGGUCAAAUAGCCCUUACACAGCCUGGAAGUGUGUUGGGUCAUUGUCCUGUUGAAAACAAAUGAUAGUCCCACUAAGCGCAAACCAGAUGGGAUGCUGUAUCGUUGCAGAAUGCUGUGGUAGCCAUGCUGGUUAAGUGUACCUUGAAUUCAAAAUAAAUCACUGACAGUGUGACCAGCAAAGCACCAUCACACCUCCUCCUCAAUGCUUCACGGUGGGAACUACACUUGCGGAGAUCAUCUGUUCACCUACUCUGCAUCUCACAAAGACGACGGUUGGAACUAAAAAUCUUAAAUUUGGACUCAGACCAAAGGACAGAUUUCCACCAGCCUAAUGUCCAUUACUUGUGUUUCUUGGCCCAAGCAAGUCUCUUCUUCUUAUUGGUGUCCUUUAGUAGUGGUUUCUUUGCAGCAAUUCGACCAUGAAGGCCUGGUUCACUUAGUCUCCUCUGAACAUUUGAUGUUGAGAUGAGUCUGUUACUUGAACUCUGUUAAGCAUUUAUUUGGGCUGCCAUUUCUGAGGCUGGUAACUCUAAUGAACUUAUCCUCUGCAGCAGAGGUAACUCUGGGUCUUCCUUUCCUGUGGCUGUCCUCAUAAGAGCCAGUUUCAUCAUAGCGCUUGAUGGUUUUUGUGACUGCACUUAAAGAAAACUUUAGAAGUUCUUGAAGUUGUCCGGAUUGACUGUCUUAAAGUAAUGAUAGACUGUCAUUUCUCUUUGCUUAUUUGAACUGUUCUUGCCAUAAUAUUGUCUUGGUCUUUUACCAAAUAGGGCAAUAUUCUGUAUACCACCCCUACCUUGUCACAGCACAACUGAUUGGCUCAAAAGCAUUAAGGAAAGAAAUUCCACAAAUUAACUUUAAAAAAAGCAUACCUGUUAAUUGAAAUGCAUUCCAGGUGACUACAUCAUGAAGCUGGUUGAGAGAAUGCCAAAGCUGUCAUCAAAGUGGCUACUUUGAAGAAUCACAAAUUUAAAAUAUAUUUUGAUUUGUUUAACAGUUCUUUUGGUUACUACAUGAUUCCAAAUGUGUUAUUUCAUAGUGUUGAUGUCUUCACUAUUAUUCUACAAUGUAGAAAAUAGUAAAAAUAAAGAAAAACCAUUGAAUGAG